CAGUGACAUAGGUAAUAGUGGAUUUCAAGCUAUUCUCUCGUCUUUAUCAGAUUCAUUAAUUGUAUUACACUUUACACAUAGUUGUCUAAAUGCAAAAAUUUUACCGUGGGUUGAGAGUUUUAUUAAAACUCAUCCAAAGAUUAAAGAUAUUUCUCUCGAAAAUAAUCCUAUAACUCUUAACAGUGCACCUGAAUUAAAUGUAUCUGGUUUAAUUGAUCAAAUAUUAAAAAUUACAAAUGCAAAUCAGUGUAAUUGUUAUUUGGAAAUCUACACAAAGAUUCAAGAUAUAAUUGCUGAAACAGAAAUUGGUUGCAUUUCGUUACCUAGAGAACAUAGACGAGAUUAUGAUUUACUCGAAUUAUACAAUGAAAUGAAGAAAAAUCCAACGAAAUAUUGGUCAAUAAAUAUGAGAUCUAAUUCUAAUAUGUCACUUAAUGCAUAUAAUAUUUUUCUUGAUAUUCUUAAUUGUGAUAUUCGUGUUGCUGAACUUUAUCUUGGAGAGGAUGAUAUGAACGAAGAAAUGCAAAAAUAUUUCUUCAAAGAUUUUCGUGAUAAUAAUACAGUGGAACAUUUGGACAUAUCACAAAAUAAACUUUGCAGUCAAGCUAUGAAAUAUAUUGGAUCUUUUCUAAUACAUAGCUCCAAAAUUUGCGUAUUUACAUUACGUAAAUGUAAAAUUGAUAGUGAAGGUAUUCGUUAUUUAUGCAAAGGCUUGUCUGAAAGCCGUUUAUAUAGUUUAUCUUUAAUCAAUAAUCCACUUAGUAGUGAUUCCUGCGCAAGGAUUUUUUCAUCUAUUCCUCCCUCAUUGAAGUCAUUAUCACUUUGGGGUGAUGACAUACCUGAAUCAUCUUUACAAACAAUUAUUGAUUUUUUGAAUACAAAUAAAACAUUAGAAACACUUAAUCUGAAGUUCAAUCCAGUUUAUGAUAAGCAUGUCGAUCAAUUAGAACAAAUAGCAAAACAAAAUGGUAUUUGCAAAUAUGCCACACAUCCUGAAUAA